AUGGCCACCCCCCGCACCCGCGUCGCCCUCGUCGGCCUUUCCUCCUCAGCCAAAACAGCCUGGGCCUCCCGCGCCCAUCUUCCCUAUCUCCUCUCCGACCGCGGCCGCGACCGCUUCGAGAUCGUCGCCCUCCUCAACUCCUCUGUCGCCGCCGCUGACGCCGCCAUCGCCGCGUAUGACCUUCCCCGCGACAAGGUCCGCGCCUAUGGUGACCCGGCCAAGCUCGCGGCUGAUAAAGAGGUCGACUUGGUGGUGAAUACCACCCGCGUUGACAAGCACUAUGAGACAGUGAUAGAUAGCGUGAAGGCGGGUAAGGAUGCAUUUGUGGAAUGGCCGCUGGCGCAGGAUGCGAAGCAUGCGUGGGAGUUGGCGGACGCGGCCAAGGUUGGUGGGGGCAGGUCGGUUGUCGGCUUGCAGGGCGUGACGGUGCCGUUGGCGAAGCGACUGAGGGGUUUGUUGGAGGAGGGCAAGAUUGGCAAGGUGUUGAGCGUGGAUGUUAAGGGGUAUGGUGGCUUGGGUGACCGGGCGAAGGUGCCUGACGGACUGUCGUACUUUACCGAGCGGGCCGUCGGUGGCAAUAUUUAUACCAUUGGCUUUUCGCAUUUGCUCAGCGUGAUCGAGGCGUCCAUCGGCGACCUGGCCUCCUUCCGCGGCGACUACCACCUCCAGCGCCCCGAGGUCGAGAUCGCCGACGGCGAGGGUAAAGUCGUCGGCAAGGCCACCAGCAACGUCCCCGACCUGAUCCUCGGCCUCGGUCGAUGGGGCGAGUCCUCCAUCACCCAGGCCAACGCCCCGCUGCACUACCGUUUCCGCCGCGGCCCGCCGUUCCCCGGUGAUUCGGCCCUCGUUUGGACGAUUCAGGGCGAAAAGGGCGAGAUUCGCAUCGUUUCGCCUCAGUCGACCUUUGUGCACAUUGGUGACCCUAACGCGCCCCAGGUCAUUGAGGUCCACAGCUUUGACACCAACGAGGUGGAAAAGGUUGAGUGGGACUGGCCGGAGUGGCAGAAGGAGCUGCCGUACCCGGCUCGCGCAAUCGGUGCUGUUUAUGAGUCGUAUGCGGCUACAAAGGCCUCCGGGGCUGAGCCGAACCAUUUGACGUUUGCGGACGCUGCAAGGCGCCACGAGUACCUGGAUAAUGCCUUGGCCGAGUGGAAGGACUGA